GAACUUAACCAGAUGUACAUAGACUUUGAACCGCGGUCAAUUAACAAGGCACUAUUGUAGCAGCAAAAAUGGCAUCGAUAAAGAUUCAAGGCUGCAAGCACGAAUUAUUUGAACGAAACAGAAUAUUACGAAGAAAUAUUUGCAAAAUUAGAAGAAAAUUAUAUUUUCUCUUUCAUAAAAAAAAGCUAAGAAAACUAAUGAACUAAGGAUCUAGUAAAAAUAGCUGAACCAAAAUGGCACAUAUAGAAGUUGCACAACGUAAACCAAGUCUUCUAAAGGAGGCUGUCAUUCAAAUUGGUGCAGGGGGUUCAGCAGGCUUCGUAGAAGCUUGUAUAAUGCACCCCAUGGAUCUUAUUAAAACGCGUUUUCAACUGCAAGUAAAGAUGGGAUCGCAAGAUGUUCUCUAUUAUACAGGAAUUAGAGAUUGUAUGAACAAAAUGUAUAACAAUGAGGGAAUUGCUGCAUUUUGGAAAGGUAUAUUACCACCAGUUAUCAUGGAAACUCCUAAGAGAGCUGUGAAAUUUUUCUCCUUUGAACAGUAUAAAAAGUUUUUUAAUAACCAUAUGUCAAAGUCAAUGACAUUUUUUUGUGCGGGAUUCCUAACUGGUGUAACAGAGGCAAUUUUAGUAAAUCCAUUUGAAGUAGUAAAAAUACAAAUGCAAUCUAAUCGUAAACGCAUCAAUGAUUGUCCAUCAACUAUUGCUGUAACUCGACAUAUCCUUUACAAUCAAGGUUUUGGACUAAAUGGUCUUAAUAAAGGUUUAUCUGCUACAAUAAUGAGAAAUGCUAUUUUUAAUGCCUUUUAUUUCGGAAUUUAUAAUACUAUCAUUCCUCGAUUAAAUAAACAAAAAGAAUAUGUUCCAGAACUGCUUUUGAAGUUUGCCAUAGGUUUUAUAUCUGGGACAGCAGCAUCUUGUAUGAAUAUACCUUUUGAUGUUGCUAAAAGUCGUAUUCAAGGUCCACAGGGUCCAAUUCAGUAUAAGGGUACUCUACAAACUAUUUAUUUAGUUUAUCAAAAUGAAGGAUUUAGAGCUUUGUACAAAGGAUUGUUACCAAAGAUUUUACGGUUAGGACCAGGUGGCGCGAUUAUGCUCAUAGUUUAUGACAAAAUGAAAGCUUACCUCAGUAUGCAAUUUGGCGACUAGUUAAAAUUCUAGUCUACAAAGCAA